AUGCGAACAAUAUCAUCUUGUGAAGUGAACAAGGGAGAGCUAUCAAAGCUCCCUGGCCCUUCCUCUACAACAUCCACUAACGACCAAAAUCCCUAUGAUAGUACUGUCAGGAUGCCCCGGACCAUCCGAGGCUUAAGUCGAUCCUCUUUUAUGACUCACUCCAGCAUCGUGACUCCAUAUUCAGUGGCCGAACACGUGUGGUCCUUGAAGGACAUCCGAAAGUUGAUCCUGUCAUACUGUGCUAAGGACGAUCUUUCAAGAGUGAUAUGUGUGUCAAAAGAGUCUUUCGUCGAUACCAUGAGGAUGUUGUACAGUGAAUUGUUGUAUGAGGACUAUAGACAUGUGGAGAGGGCUUGCCAUGAGCCUUACCGGCUUCGACAGUAUACACAUGCUAUACGACACGUUGAUCUAUCAAAUACCGAAGGAGGAGCGAUAGGACUCAACAUACGCCUAUUCAAUCGGCUUCCGCGAUUACGAUCCAUCUGCGACGGAUUCGACAGACUCGUUCUUCACGAUGACAAUACCAGCCACAAUAUUUGUGCUGGAUUCCAAACGACCAAAGCGACCCUGUACGAGACGUUCGACUGCGGGCCAGACAGCACGGGUGAAGGCCUGCUUUGA